ACAAUGGCUACGUACUUUAGAAAGCUAUAUAUAAAGGACCUUUAUAAUCUCUUCACUUCUUCAAACACAGAAACACAAAGCCCCGCUUCUCAUCUUUAGCCAAACAUAUCAUAAUCUCUCUAUAAGUUCUCUACUGUUCCCAUUUUAUCUCCAAUCUAGCAUUUUCACCAAACACACCUAUUUGUCUCCUUUGCAAGACGCUUUUCAAAUAUCUUGUCACAGUAUAAUACUAAUGGCGAAUCUACAAAAAAUGAUCUCCGAGAAGUCAGUAGUGAUCUUUAGCAAGAACUCUUGCUGCAUGUCUCACACAAUCAAGACUCUGUUCUUAGACAUGGGCGUGAACCCGACGAUCUAUGAGCUCGACGAGAUUAACCGAGGAAAGGAGAUAGAGCAAGCAUUGGCUCAGCUUGGGUGCAUCCCGACCGUGCCAGUGGUGUUCAUUGGAGGGCAGCUCGUUGGUGGAGCAAAUCAAGUCAUGAGUCUGCAUCUUAAUCGCUCUCUUGUUCCAAUGCUUAAGCGCGCUGGAGCAUUAUGGCUUUGACUUUAAAAUAAUGUAAACGAAAAAAGUAAAGAAACAUACAAAAGAGUGUAUGUAUGUAUGUAUGUAUGUAUGAGUGCUACGUCUAUCCACUUUUUUAAAAGAUGGAUUUACCUAUUUUGUAAACAGUGGUUAUAUUUAUAAUAAAAUCAGCUACCGUUAAAUUUC